AUGCGUUCAGCUGGAUUUUACUAUAUCAACAAUGGGGGUACAGUCAGGUGUGAUGCAUGUGGACUAGAAGUAUCUGGAUGGACAUUGGAUAUGAGACCAUUUACUAUUCAUGCACAACGAAGUCCAACCUGUGAUUUUGUUCGUUCUAUUCUUCCCGAUCAAAUUAUGUCUGUAUCAUCAACGAUGAAUCUACUUUCGACGACUUCAGCAUCAAAAGACGAUGAAAAUCCAUCUAAACGUCAGAAACUAGAAGCAGCACAACAGAUUUCUGAGCCGUGUCAACUUGUCGAAAUCGAUACUCUAAAGCAAAUACGCAAACGAACAUUUUCACAUUGGCCACAUCGAACAUCACCUUCAUCUGCACAAAUGAUUGAAGCUGGAUUUUUCGGUUGUAAUUUUGAAGAUCGGGUCAUUUGUUUGUAUUGCAAUAUUAUUUGUCAACAAUGGACACACAAAGAUGACCCAUUUGAAGUACAUAAAACACUAUCACCAAAAUGUCCAUAUGUCAUUGCAAUGUUAAAACGUCAGCAAACAGCAUCCACUCGAAGUAUCAAUGAAUUUUCAAACAAUGGUCAUUCAUUGAUUUCGAAUAGCACUCAUCGAUUACGAUGGCAUGAAAUUGCAUGUACUACCGCAUGCCAUACAAAUUAUAUUGAAAACUCUAAGCGUCAGAAAUCUUUUAUUACAUGGCCAAAUGAAGGUUUACAACUAGUAGAUGGUUUAGUGCGCGCAGGAUUUUUUUAUACGGGUAAAGAAGACAUUGUUACUUGUUUUCAUUGUAAUGGAUCCCUACAAAGUUUGCGUCCAAAUGAUGACCCGUUGAUUGAACAUGCUCGCUGCUUUCCGCAUUGUACAUAUGCUAAACAAUCAUGUGGUGACGAAUUACAUCUUGCAAUUCAAGAAUCUCAACAAGCGCAACAAGAAUGUGCUAGAACCAAUGAAUUAAAUAGAGGAAUGAGUUCCAAUGCUAUGUUAAAUACUAAUCGAACUAUAAGCAGUCGACAAUUAUUGAUACGCGAUCAAAGUACCUAUGACCAACUUGUUAAUGGUCGAUUAGACUUACCCAUCUCACAACACUUAUUGAAUCAAUAUUUUAAAUUAUCUAUUAUAAAACGAUGUUGGGCAGAUCAAUUACUAUUAAAAAACGAUGAUUUCGUGUCUGAAUGUGAUUUAUAUAUUGCUUGCUUAAUUCUUCAAAAACAAAUUGAACAUAUUAGCAUUAAAAAAGAAAAAGUUGUUAUACCAAGUAUAAAAGUGAAGGAAAUUAGAGAACAAAAUGCAGCACGUAUGCGCGAACAAACAGCAACUGUAUUUAAUCUAAUUGGACCAGUGUUAAGUUCUGCAAAUGUUAGGAUGACUACAUCAUCUCAAUUUUCAACAAAUGAAUUCACAUCGAAAUCAAAAAGCAUUGGUUUUGCACGUCGAUAA